AAGGACAAGUUCAGCACUUUUAUUACAGCUUCCUCUCGUAUCUUUACCGCUCAAUCAACAAACCGACCUCGCUAUAUAACAGCAGACAUCAUGGGCGACAUCCCUAAGAAGUACAAGGCCGUCAUCUACGAUGAGCCCGGCAAAGUCUCGACAAAGGUCGUCGAGUUGGACAUGCCGGAGCCAGGCCCAGGUGAGGUCCUCGUGAACCUCACUCAUUCUGGCGUUUGUCAUUCGGAUUUCGGUGUCAUGACCAAUGCCUGGAGAGGACUCCCAGCUCCUACAUCUCCCGGCCAAGUUGGUGGCCACGAAGGCAUCGGCAAGAUCGUCAAGAUGGGACCCGGCACCGACGGCUCCGCCGUGAAAGUCGGACAGCGCGUGGGCAUCAAAUGGAUCAGCGGCAUCUGCGAUACCUGCCCCGCCUGUCUCGCCGGCCACGAUGGCGUCUGCUUCAACCAGAAGGUCUCCGGAUACUACACACCGGGAACCUUCCAGCAAUACACCCUCGCGCCCGCCAACUACGUCACCCCGAUUCCCGAUGGUCUGGACAGCGCCAUGGCGGCACCAAUGCUGUGUGCCGGUGUCACCGUGUACAGUGCGUUGAGAAAGAGCACGGCGCAGGCGGGAGACUGGGUUGCGAUUAUGGGUGCGGGUGGUGGACUUGGACAUCUUGCCUGCCAGAUCGCCUCCAAGGGUCUCGGACUCCGCGUCAUUGGUAUUGACCACGGUAGCAAAAAGGAGCUCGCGACCGAGUGCGGAGCCGAAGUCUUCAUCGACCACACCCAGGGCAACGUCGAGGAGGAAGUCAAGAAGGCAACCGGCGGUCUCGGCGCCCAAUCAGUCCUCGUACUGACGGCCGCCAACGGCGCAUACGCUUCAUCCAUGAACCUCCUCAGGUUCGGCGGUACCCUCGUCUGCGUUGGUAUUCCCGAGGGCGACUUUGUUGCUAUUGCCGGUGCUUUCCCUGGCCUCUUGGUCGCUAAGGCUCAGAAGAUCGUGGGCGUGGCGGUGGGUAACCGUCGGGAAGCUAUUGAGACGCUCGACUUUGCUGCCCGAGGAAUUGUCAAGACGCAUUUCCGGACGGCGAAGAUGGAGGAGUUGACUGGCAUCUUUGAGCAGAUGGAGAGGGGUGAGGUUGUUGGACGUGUUGUACUUGAUCUCUCUGCUUAGAGGGAAAAGGGAAGAAAGAACAAACAAACGAAGUAC